AUGGCGCCGACGACCGUGUCCGUCGUCUGCGUCGGCAUGGCUGGCUCUGGAAAGACGACAUUUAUGCAGAGAAUAAACUCCUAUUUGCACUCCAAAAAACAAGUUCCUUACGUAUUGAACCUAGAUCCUGCGGUGCAUUCGGUCCCAUUCGAGAGCAACAUUGACAUUCGAGACUCAAUCAACUACAAAGAAGUGAUGAAGCAGUACAACCUAGGACCGAACGGUGGUAUCUUGACAUCCUUGAACCUGUUCGCCACGAAGGUCGACCAGAUCAUAGGGCUUCUGGAGAAACGCACAUCACCGAACCCCAGCAACCCCUCCGCAAAGCCGAUUAAGCACAUCCUCGUCGACACGCCUGGUCAGAUCGAGGUCUUUGUGUGGAGCGCAUCAGGUAGCAUUUUGCUCGAGACCCUUGCGUCAUCGUUUCCUACUGUGAUCGCGUACAUCAUUGACACACCCCGCACAAGCUCCACGAGCACUUUCAUGAGCAACAUGCUAUACGCCUGCAGUAUUCUCUACAAGACGAAACUGCCAAUGAUCCUUGUCUUUAACAAAACAGAUGUUAAGGAUGCGGGAUUUGCAAAGGAGUGGAUGACAGACUUUGACGCCUUCCAACAGGCUCUACGCGAGGAAGAAGAAAGUGGCGCAUUCGGUGCCGAAGGGGGUGUGGGCGGUUUCGGUGCUGGAAGCGGAUACAUGGGCUCGCUCCUUAACAGUAUGAGUCUGAUGCUGGAGGAGUUCUACAGUCACCUAAGCGUUGUCGGUGUGAGCUCCAUGACGGGAGACGGAAUUGGCGAGUUCUUUGAAGCUGUCGAGGAGAAGCGCCAGGAAUUCGAGCGAGACUAUAAACCCGAGUUAGAGAAGAAGAAGAAGGAACGUGAAGAGGCCAAGGCUGCAAAUCGGGAGUUGGAGCUGGGUAAGCUGAUGAAGGACAUGAGCGUCUCUGGGUCGAGUCGGGGGCGACGUGAAGAUACAGAAGCCGAAACUGUCAGUGAAGCCGAGGAGGAGGCCGAGGCAGAAGCAGCAGGGAAACCUUCAGAAUACGAUCAGGAUGAUAACAGUGAUGACGAUGCAUACGAUACCAGCGCCGGAAGGGAUGAUGAUGCCUUGUCUCAACGGUAUAAGCAGGCCCUGGCCGGUUCCCAUAGUGGCCUAUCCGAUCAGGAUGCCAGUUUUACAAGAUACCUGCGCGCGAGUAAUAUCAAUCGAUAG